AUGAAUGUUUUACUACGGCUAGUCAUUCCCGCCACCCUGGCUAUCCUUCGGGCUAAUUUAACAAAGUCAUCCCUUGUAGAUGGUGGAGCAGUAGGAUUUGUGCCACGGGCUGAGGAUCAACUAGUUGCAUUCAACCCUCCAAAGACCCCUAUCGACAUUGACGUGGCUGGUGAGACGCCAGAUAUGGUCUUGACGCAAGAAGCUCUCGGGAAUCCUAGUGCAACCAGCUAUACAGUCAAACCAGAACAUUAUGAUAGUCACAUUAUUGGCGAUGUCCUGGACAAUGGAGAGGUCAUUUUAGAGGCUAAUACCAUGGUCAUAGAAAGAAGAGUCUACUUCCAGGACGAAGGAGAUGCCAGAAUCAUAAGAGUCAGUGACAUGUUCCUUAUCGCAGGCGGAGGAGGAUUAGAUUGUGAAACUACCGAGUUGGUCAAAAGAAAGGGAUACUACCAGUAUGAACCAUUGGCGAGGUACCCAGUGGACCUUGAUCUACUAUCCAAUGACCUUCCCAACGAGAUUGAACGGACUGUAGAUGAAUCGUCAGGAAAGACCAUAUUCAAGAUAAGACCACACUUGAUAAACUGCGCCUACAUUUGCAUAGUAUCAUACGGUGACUGCCUAUUGGCAAACGGAAGAGGAUGCUACCAUGUUUUCUCAAGGGAAGUCACUGUAGAUUCUUUAGAUGGAUUCCUACUUAUCAACGUUUUAACUUGUUGGAAUAACGGCUGUGUGUCAAACUCAAAACAUAUCUUGAGGUAG